GAGACCGUGUCUAUAAAAAGGGUACAUCGGUGCUCGCAGCAGCGCAUUUGAAAACGAGAAUUGAAAAAGGAAUUCACAAGCGUGUGACUUUUUAGAGUUGUUCGUCAGAGAUAACAAUUUUAUUGAAAUUUUGUGUUUUAUCAGACUAAAUUCUAGUGAUUAAAUUGACAACAUGCAGAUCUUUGUGAAGACUUUGACGGGGAAAACCAUAACACUCGAGGUUGAACCUUCGGACACAAUUGAAAAUGUGAAAGCUAAGAUUCAGGACAAGGAGGGUAUCCCCCCAGACCAACAGCGAUUGAUCUUCGCCGGCAAGCAGCUGGAAGACGGCCGCACUCUCUCCGACUACAACAUUCAGAAGGAGUCCACCCUUCACUUGGUCCUUCGUCUGCGUGGUGGUAUGCAAAUCUUUGUCAAGACCCUGACUGGUAAGACUAUCACUCUUGAGGUCGAACCUUCAGACACAAUCGAAAAUGUCAAAGCCAAAAUUCAGGACAAAGAGGGAAUCCCACCUGACCAGCAACGACUGAUCUUCGCCGGUAAGCAGCUGGAAGAUGGCCGCACUCUCUCCGACUACAACAUUCAGAAGGAGUCUACCCUCCACUUAGUCCUGCGUCUGCGUGGUGGUAUGCAAAUCUUUGUCAAAACCUUGACUGGUAAAACUAUCACACUGGAAGUUGAGCCCUCUGACACAAUUGAAAACGUCAAAGCUAAAAUCCAAGACAAAGAGGGAAUCCCACCUGACCAGCAACGACUGAUCUUCGCCGGUAAGCAGCUGGAAGAUGGCCGCACUCUCUCCGACUACAACAUUCAGAAGGAGUCGACCCUUCACUUGGUAUUGCGUCUGCGUGGUGGUAUGCAAAUCUUUGUCAAGACCCUGACCGGUAAGACCAUCACACUCGAGGUCGAACCUUCAGACACAAUUGAAAAUGUCAAAGCCAAAAUUCAGGACAAAGAGGGAAUCCCACCUGACCAGCAACGACUGAUCUUCGCCGGUAAGCAGCUGGAAGAUGGCCGUACCCUUUCUGAUUACAACAUUCAGAAGGAGUCGACCCUUCACUUGGUAUUGCGUCUGCGUGGUGGUAUGCAAAUCUUUGUCAAGACCCUGACCGGUAAGACCAUCACACUCGAGGUCGAACCUUCAGACACAAUCGAAAAUGUCAAAGCCAAAAUUCAGGACAAAGAGGGAAUCCCACCUGACCAGCAACGACUGAUCUUCGCCGGUAAGCAGCUGGAAGAUGGCCGCACUCUCUCCGACUACAACAUUCAGAAGGAGUCGACCCUUCACUUGGUAUUGCGUCUGCGUGGUGGUAUGCAAAUCUUUGUCAAAACCCUCACGGGUAAGACCAUCACACUCGAGGUUGAGCCCUCUGACACCAUUGAAAAUGUGAAAGCCAAAAUUCAGGACAAAGAGGGAAUCCCACCUGACCAGCAACGACUGAUCUUCGCCGGUAAGCAGCUGGAAGAUGGCCGCACUCUCUCUGACUACAACAUUCAGAAGGAGUCGACCCUUCACUUGGUAUUGCGUCUGCGUGGUGGUAUGCAAAUCUUUGUCAAGACCCUGACCGGUAAGACCAUCACACUCGAGGUCGAACCUUCAGACACAAUUGAAAAUGUCAAAGCCAAAAUUCAGGACAAAGAGGGAAUCCCACCUGACCAGCAACGACUGAUCUUCGCCGGUAAGCAGCUGGAAGAUGGCCGCACUCUCUCCGACUACAACAUUCAGAAGGAGUCUACCCUCCACUUAGUCCUGCGUCUGCGUGGUGGUAUGCAAAUCUUUGUCAAAACCCUCACGGGUAAGACCAUCACACUCGAGGUUGAGCCCUCUGACACCAUUGAAAAUGUGAAAGCCAAAAUUCAGGACAAAGAGGGAAUCCCACCUGACCAGCAACGACUGAUCUUCGCCGGUAAGCAGCUGGAAGAUGGCCGUACCCUUUCUGAUUACAACAUUCAGAAGGAGUCGACCCUUCACUUGGUAUUGCGUCUGCGUGGUGGUAUGCAAAUCUUUGUCAAGACCCUGACCGGUAAGACCAUCACACUCGAGGUCGAACCUUCAGACACAAUCGAAAAUGUCAAAGCCAAAAUUCAGGACAAAGAGGGAAUCCCACCUGACCAGCAACGACUGAUCUUCGCCGGUAAGCAGCUGGAAGAUGGCCGCACACUCUCCGACUACAACAUUCAGAAGGAGUCUACCCUCCACUUAGUCCUGCGUCUGCGUGGUGGUAUGCAAAUCUUUGUCAAAACCUUGACUGGUAAAACUAUCACACUGGAAGUUGAGCCCUCUGACACAAUUGAAAACGUCAAAGCUAAAAUCCAAGACAAAGAGGGAAUCCCACCUGACCAGCAACGACUGAUCUUCGCCGGUAAGCAGCUGGAAGAUGGCCGCACACUCUCCGACUACAACAUUCAGAAGGAGUCCACUCUUCACUUGGUAUUGCGUCUGCGUGGUGGUAUGCAAAUCUUUGUCAAGACCCUGACCGGUAAGACCAUCACACUCGAGGUCGAACCUUCAGACACAAUUGAAAAUGUCAAAGCCAAAAUUCAGGACAAAGAGGGAAUCCCACCUGACCAGCAACGACUGAUCUUCGCCGGUAAGCAGCUGGAAGAUGGCCGCACUCUCUCCGACUACAACAUUCAGAAGGAGUCGACCCUUCACUUGGUAUUGCGUCUGCGUGGUGGUAUGCAAAUCUUUGUCAAGACCCUGACCGGUAAGACCAUCACACUCGAGGUUGAGCCCUCUGACACAAUUGAAAACGUCAAAGCUAAAAUCCAAGACAAAGAGGGAAUCCCACCUGACCAGCAACGACUGAUCUUCGCCGGUAAGCAGCUGGAAGAUGGCCGCACUCUCUCCGACUACAACAUUCAGAAGGAGUCUACCCUCCACUUAGUCCUGCGUCUGCGUGGUGGUAUGCAAAUCUUUGUCAAAACCUUGACUGGUAAAACUAUCACACUGGAAGUUGAGCCCUCCGACACAAUUGAAAACGUCAAAGCUAAAAUCCAAGACAAAGAGGGAAUCCCACCUGACCAGCAACGACUGAUCUUCGCCGGUAAGCAGCUGGAAGAUGGCCGCACUCUCUCCGACUACAACAUUCAGAAGGAGUCGACCCUUCACUUGGUAUUGCGUCUGCGUGGUGGUAUGCAAAUCUUUGUCAAGACCCUCACGGGUAAGACCAUCACACUCGAGGUUGAGCCUUCAGACACAAUCGAAAAUGUCAAAGCCAAAAUUCAGGACAAAGAGGGAAUCCCACCUGACCAGCAACGACUGAUCUUCGCCGGUAAGCAGCUGGAAGAUGGCCGCACUCUCUCCGACUACAACAUUCAGAAGGAGUCGACCCUUCACUUGGUAUUGCGUCUGCGUGGUGGUAUGCAAAUCUUUGUCAAAACCUUGACUGGUAAAACUAUCACACUGGAAGUUGAGCCCUCUGACACAAUUGAAAACGUCAAAGCUAAAAUCCAAGACAAAGAGGGAAUCCCACCUGACCAGCAACGACUGAUCUUCGCCGGUAAGCAGCUGGAAGAUGGCCGCACUCUCUCCGACUACAACAUUCAGAAGGAGUCGACCCUUCACUUGGUAUUGCGUCUGCGUGGUGGUAUGCAAAUCUUUGUCAAGACCCUGACCGGUAAGACCAUCACACUCGAGGUCGAACCUUCAGACACAAUUGAAAAUGUCAAAGCCAAAAUUCAGGACAAAGAGGGAAUCCCACCUGACCAGCAACGACUGAUCUUCGCCGGUAAGCAGCUGGAAGAUGGCCGCACACUCUCCGACUACAACAUUCAGAAGGAAUCUACACUGCAUUUAGUUCUUCGUCUAAGAGGCGGUAUGCAAAUCUUUGUCAAAACCUUGACUGGAAAAACAAUAACUUUAGAAGUUGAGCCAUCAGACACCAUCGAAAAUGUAAAAGCAAAAAUUCAAGACAAAGAGGGAAUUCCACCUGACCAACAAAGAUUGAUCUUCGCAGGCAAGCAACUGGAAGAUGGCCGCACACUUUCCGACUAUAAUAUUCAAAAAGAAUCUACACUGCAUUUAGUUUUAAGGUUAAGAGGUGGAAUGUAAAAAAAAUGUUCUUCUGAAAUAAAUUUCUUCUGAAUGAA